GCACGAGGAGCCACGGCGCAAUGAUGAACAGCGAGCCGUCGCCGUACACGACUGCACAGCGACUGCGUCCGACGGGACGCAAGCGGCGACUGACGAAGCUGCCAGAUGCGCCCGUGCUUCAGUCGUCCAAAGGGUACCUCAUUCCUCUCGUGCACACGGCGAUGCCCGUGCUGUCGGCGGUCGAAGGCCCCGAGACGUCGCCGACCAAGCAGCCCUUGCUCGCGCCAUCACCCACGCGGGCCAAGCAGCUACGCAAGCCCAAGCUCAAGCCGACGCGGCUGCCGGCCAUUUCGUCGCCUAUCAACAACCACAGCGGUGACCCCGCGACGCCGCCCGCGUCCGCCCGAGGACUUGAUGCGUCGGCGCUGACGAUCCCAAUUGCGCUCUUUUACACGACCGAGUUCCUCGUGGAGCUCGCUAGCACCGUGCACCUCUCGGGCUGGGACGUGCACGAUGCGGACCUUGCAUACCUGGCGUGCCCGCCACCGGAGAAGCGAAAUCUCCGGCUGCAGCACCUGUAUCUUAGCGAGUGCCGCAACUUGACUGAUGCCGGCCUGCGCGUGCUCGGCCAGCUGCCGUCGCUUCGCGUGCUUCACCUCUCUCGCUGUCCGCAGCUCUCGGGUGUUGCGCUCCUCAGCUUCGCCUCAACAGUCGUCGAGCUCGACGUGAGUCACAGCCCGUGGGUCGUCGACGUCGUCUUUAGUUGUAUCGUGCAGUCGUUUAGUCGGCUCCAGUCGCUUCUCGUCGCGCACUGCGAGCAACUAACGGACCAGAGCAUGUUCUACCUCAACGAGCGGCCGUACAGCCAUUCGCCGCUCACGCGCCUCGACCUCUCGGGCUGCGUCCGGCUCACUGACACGGCAGUCCUUGCCGUCCUCAACUACGCACCCAAGCUCGAGGAGCUCAAGCUCAACGCGCUGCCACACAUGGAAGGUAUCACGCUCUACGGGUGCUUGCCGCAGCAGCGCCUCGUCCCGUCCAGUGUCGCGCGGCUCGAGCUCGCGCACUUGAAAAAGUUGCAUUUUGCGAGUCUCCUCAACGUCGCCAAAGGCUGCGGGAAGAAGCUGCUGCACCUCGACGUCACGGCCGCGCUGCACGCCAUGACCGAUGACGUGCUCAUCGCGCUGGGUCGGUCGUGCCCCCACCUCGAAACCUUGAUUCUGCACGGCUGCGCCCGGGUCACGGACGUGGGCCUCACACACUUGGUGCAAUUUGCGCCCGUCGAGCACGAAAUGGACGCCGACUUUACCAGCGACCGGGGUACCACCCGGUGCAUACGACUGCGGCACCUCGACCUCACGGGCUGCUACCACGUGAGUGCCAAGGGCCUUGUGGUUCUUGGCGCCAACUGCCCGGACCUCCGAAGCCUCGUGGUUUCGGGCCUUCCGCGCGCGCUCGACAGCGACGCCGCGAUCGCUCUGGCGCGCCACUGCCGCCAUUUGCGCGAGUUCACCGGCGUCGGCAUGCUCAUCACCACCGACGAGCAGCGGCUCUUUGGCGCUCCCCAGCUCACCGCUCGGACGCUGCGCGCGCUCUUCCUCGAGUCGACGCUCACCCACAUCAACCUCAACAAGGCCAACGUCGAGAGCUGUGCUUUGGCGCCCAUCCUACGCGGUAUUCGGUUCCCGCGCCUCACCCAGCUGCACCUCGGGUCGCACGUCACGGACGACGUGUGCGCAAGUCUGUUGAAAAACGCGUCGCUGCUCACGCACCUCAACGUCUCGCGCAGCCGGCACCUCUCGUCCGACGCGCUCUGCGCACUGCUCAUGGCGACGCCGCGCCUCCGCGUUUUGGACGCCCAGCACUGCAACCAUGUUGGCAACCACAUCUUUGGCGUGCUUCUCGAGGCGUGCGCAGAACUCGCGGUCCUCAACGUGGCCGGCAACCCGUAUGUGACCGACGCAGGUGUCAUGCUGUUCGAGCCCGACGACGCCGCCCGCCUCCUUACGAGCUUGAACGUGCACGGCUGCAACGUGCACCUCGCAGCGCUCCAAGCGGUGGAAAUGACGCACCCGCGUACGCGCUUGGAUCCGCACCACCUGGCGUUGAUUCCUCGGCCGUUCGAGACCGGCGCGUACCUCGCACGGGCCCGCCUCGUGCAGCAAGCCGCCGUCGCCAUCGUGCACUGGACGCGGACGUGUCUCGUGCGCACACGGCAGCGCCUCUUGCGCCGCCGCUUGGCGAGUGCUCGCUUGCGCUACCGGAGUCGCAUGGCGGGGCGUAUCCAGCGGGGAUUUCGAGCGCAGCAAGCGCGCCUCGCCGACGCCAAACAACGUGUGGCCGACGCCGAAGCACUCGCCGCGAAAAUCGACGGCUCGGCGCGCCUCCUGCAGCGCGCCCUGCGGUACUUUGUGUUCUGGUGCGCGAUCCGCCGUCACGUUCGACUGCGCCGCGAAGCGGCAGCGUACGCUCGGUACGUUGCCCAAGUGGCCAAGGAGCAGCAUGCGGUGCAGCUACUGCAGCGUGUGUACCGCGGGCAUCUCGGGCGUCUCGCAGCGACGCGACAUCGUGCUGCCAAUGCUGAGCGAGCGCGGCGACAAGAUGUGGGCGCGCGCCUCUUUCAGCGCGUGUGGCGCGGCGCCUGUGGCCGAACCGCCGCGUCGCAGCUGCGCGCGACCACGAUCGAGGCCAUGGCGACGUACAUGCUGACGAUGGACCGUCACCUACUCGCGUCCCUCCACAUGACGCGCGUAGUUCGCGGUUUUCUCGGGCGCCGGUGGGCGACGCGCUGGCGCGUGCAUGUCGCCGAGGUCGCGGCCCGGCGGCUCACCGCUGCCUCCACGAUUCAAAAGGCUUUUCGAGCCCACUUUGCAGGGAUCGCGUUUGCGCGCACGCUGAACGGCAGCACGACGACGAUCCAGCGCCACUGGCGCGGCGUCCUUGGGCGGCAACGCGCAAUGCGGUGCAUUCUCCAAACUGCCUACGACCGGCCGGUGGUGCUCUGCCUCCUCACGCCCAACAGCGUGUAUCAGCACGCGCUCGCCGAGCGCUGGCAGCGAAAACGCAUGGCGGCGCUGAGCGUCGCAUUGGCGCUGCAAAAACUAAUGCGGGGGUGGCACGGUCGCCUCCGCGCGCACCAAGAGUGGAGCCUCUUCCUCGAGCGAGCGUACCGCGACGACGUGGCGGCCCGGUGCCUCCAACGGUUCUUUCACCACAUUGUGCGGCGGAAUCAGCAAGCCCGUGUGCGCGCCAUGAUUGCGCAUCGCGGUGCGUGUGCCCUCAAGAUCCAAGCCACGUGGCGUAUGUGGAAGGGCAAGCUGCGCUUCUUGACCUACUUCCUCGGCCGCGCUCGCCGGCGCAAGCACGACGCGACCCGGGCGCUGUACUGGGAGGGCCUCAUUGCCACCGACGUACACGCCAAUGCGUGGAGUCGCUUUGUGCUCGUCCAGCGCGGCGCUGUCGCGACGCUUGUGCGCUUUUACCGGUCGUCUCUGCUGGCGCGCGGGUGGCUCGCCCCCUCCGUCCUUAUACACCGGUACCAGAAGGCCUCCCACAUCCAAGCUGUGGUGCGAGGAUACCUCACACGAGCCCGCGUCCGCCUCUACGCCGCGUCGGUGCUCGCUGCCACCAAGACGCUCCAGCGCGCAUGGCGGCGCAAGCAGCACUUUAUGCGCUGGCGAGCAAUCACCGAAGCGUCGCGGGACCGGAAGCGCAAGCGAGACGAAGAAGACCGCGCGGCCGGUAUCGCGAGAGCGCGCACCAACCAGUUUACGGCCGAGACGAUCGACCGCGAUUCGAAAGCUGCGAUCGUGCUGCAGCGCACGUACCGCACCUUGCGGCAGCGCGCCUUUUACAAGAAGCGCAUGGACGCUCGCGUGCACGUGUGGCGCGCGCAGGCCGCCGCCAAGAUUGAAGCGAGCUUGGCCAAGCAAAUGGCGGCCGUCGAGUUCCAAGCUGACGUUUGGCUCGCGGCCAAGAAACGCGACCCCAAGUUUGUCGAGCCCGCGCUCGAGCUCAACGAAGACGGCGAAGACUACGCGUCCGUCAUUGCCCGCACGGACGCGAUGAUCCAGUUGGACUUGGAAGAGCAGUGCGAUCUCCUGCGUGAGACACUGGCAACCCUCACGGAAGACUGCUACCGCGAGUUCUCGACGUACGAGCUCCUCGCGGCCGAAGAGCUCGAGAUCCAAGCGCACAUGCGCUACUUCAUGGACGUGAAAGCUCUCAACUCUCGCUUCCGCAUCGAAACGCAAGCCUUGCUGGAAGCCCAAGUACCGUUUGCGACCCAAGGACGGCAGCUCAUCCUCGAGGCGGCGCGGCUCGCGGGCGAGAACCAGCGCCUCCAGCACGAAGUGAUUCGUUUGAACAAACUCCGAUCGACCUUUGAAACGACGGCGACGAACCGACUCGAGUACGACCCGCUCUUGUACGAGCUCGACAUUGAUCACAUGUUGGCGGCCUUGGAGCCGCAGUGGCAGCCCAACUCGACUGUCGUCUACUCCACUGUCAUGAAGCAGCUCGAGCGCGAUGCGUCGCCCAACACACAGACGAUCCAUCUAGAAGACGCCGCUGACUCGCCAACGCAGAGACUAUAAAGUGUUCUGGCAGUGAAAACUUCUUUCCACCUCCACCA